AAAGAUUCUCCUACUAUGGCUUUAACAAAAGGUUGCUCACAUAAGAGAAUAUGGUAGAUCACACCUUUGUUCACGUAUUCCAUCCAAACCCACAGCUAGAUUUUAAUGGACGAUGGCUGUAUACUUUGUCUCCGUCUUGUAAUCCAGUUAAGGUUACGUGGAGGCCUGGCUACCGCGUGGGGCAAUCUUUUCAUUUUUCUAUUAGUUUCGUUUCAAAACCUAUACUGCCCAUGUGAGCUGCUCUUCUAGCUAUUGCCAUCUCCACGCACUUCAGCACGAUCGUACAAAGAUUUGCUAAUACCCUUUAUCAUAUCAUGUAGUUUGCUGCUCUCUCUCACACCCUUCUUUGUUCUGUCUUCAGUUUUCAACUUCUACAAAAUAAUUUUCCCUUCAUUUUUUUAUUCCAAGCUAAGGUUUUUGUUUCCAUUGGCUAUUGUCUACACCAUUUUUGUGGUGUUCCGUUGUUGCUGAGAAAUUUUGGACGUAUAAGAGCUGAGAGAGAGAAUCUUGUGGAAUUUGCAAAACCAAGAUUAGAUAUAUUCAGGAGAUGUAAAUUUCCAAGCAAAGAUGACAUCUUUCAGUGGAUUAGGCAUUGGUUUAAGUUUGGUUUUUGGUUGUCUGCUAUUGGCACUUGUUGCUGAGCUUUACUAUUUGCUUUGGUGGAAGAAGAGAAUUGCUACUUCAGAAGUUGAAGAUGAUUACGGCAACUAUGCAAAGGAGCUUAUUCAACUCUUCUGCUGGAAGAAAUCUGCCUCUUUGCAUGCAGCCACCGCUACCAACAACAACAACCAAGAUUUAGUUAAAGACCAAGAUACCAAUGGUGUUGAGCCAGACCUGGAACUUGGCUCAAGCAAGGAUUUACUGCCAAAGGGUUUUGGAGAAGAGGGAGUGGAAUCAGAGCUCAUGAGACUACACAAUCUGGCAGGUCCACCGAGAUUUCUGUUCACAAUCAAGGAGGAAACGAAGGAAGAUUUGGAGUCAGAAGAUAGGAGCAGGAAAGGGUCAAGAACAAGGAGCUUGAGUGAUCUUAUACUAACUGUUGACACUCCUUUUCUUAGUCCUUUGGCUUCUCCACCCAUGAAGUCACCUCCUUUGAACCCCUUAGAUUCUUAUCACCGCCAAGGAUUCAACCCUCUCUUUGAAUCAUCGACAGAUGCAGAGUUAAAUAAGGUGCGAUCUUCCCCUCCUCCGAAAUUUAAGUUCUUGAGGGAUGCAGAAGAAAAGCUUUUAAGACGAUUGAUGCUAGAAGCUGAGAAAAGGGUACAGAGAAAUGGUGGUUCGCUUCAAGAUUCUGGUGUUAAAGCGGUUAACAGUACAACAAUUUUAACAGAAGAUACAGAAGGGUCUUUCCUUAAAUUCAUUGUUGGUAAGAACAGAGAACCUUUCCAAUAUUUACCACAGUACCCUUCAAGUUCUUCUCAGGUACUGCCAUUGGCUUCUUCUCCUACAACAUUCAGACCAUUAGACAAGAAAGACAGUGUGUAUUAGAUUCCUGCUAGAUGAGUUUCUUUUUUUUUAAUUUUAAUUUAUUCUUUUCAUCAUCUACCAAUUAAUUUCUCAAGAUGGUUACUUAUGUACUAAUUUAAAACGUUUUCAGAAAAAAAACAUCUUUUUUUCUGCAUUCUUUAGGGGGUUGAGUUGGAAUCUUUUUAGGGGGAUGGUAGGCUUGUUUUGGUAAGAGGGCCAUGACCAAUCUGCCACAAUUUGUUAGCUAGGCAAGGCAUCUUGAAUUAAGGCAAACUGACAAAUUCUACAGAUUGAUGUUUAGGGAUGUUGGUUAGUUCAAAGUGGGGGGACCUGUGGGGGCAAUCUGGUUUUUGCCCAUUCUCCAUGUCCCCUUAGCCUCGCUUAAACUAGUUCUGAAAGGGCCAACAAUGCUUUUUCCUUUUGUUCUUUACAUUUCUUAAAAUAAUUCUUGUCCUUCUGAGGUUAUAUUUCCAAUCCUGGUACAAGAUACAAAAUGUAUUAUACAUUAGCAAUGAUAGAGGUGAGCAUGAUUAAAGGUUCUAAGCAUUGUUAAGGCAUGUGUUUACGCGCUAAUAAUGUCGAAAUGGUGUACAGCUAAUCCUUCUUUUUUUUCCCCAAUUCAAACAGUUGAAAGUUAUGCAGAAACUUUUCCUCCUUUUCCCUGCCUGAUCCUAGUUGUUGGAGAAAAUUCGCCUUUCGUUAUCUUUUUUGUCAAUCAAAAGUUAUCAAACACACGCAUGAUUGAUAAACUAAAGCUUUCCCACCAAUGUUGUCAAAGCAAGAUUAUGAUUCUAUAUAUAUUUCCUCUCAUCACUUCUUCCUCUGAAAUUGAGUUUACUAUGUAAUGUAAUAUUAAGGCCAACUCCCAAGCCGAAAGGAAGGAAGAAGAAAAAAAUGGGGGUUGAGAUUCAAAAGAAGCCAUUUAAUAUUUGCCUUCAGAGGAGGUAUAAUAUCAACAAAAAGUGCCAAACUUGAUAGGCAUAGCUAGUUGUGAGCUUUUACGUAAACAACAAGAAAUGUCAUUGUUAUCACGCGAUUCGGCCGAAAGUUUUGCCCCCACCUUGACAUCUCCUUUGUUUUCUUACUUAACCCUAACAAUUUUUUUUAUUUUUAUUUUUUCAAAAUUUGAAUCCUUAAAAAAGAUUUCCCUGCUAAAAGUGAUAAAAUCUUCUGCUACAACGUACGGAAAUUUGAAUUGGAGAUAAAAAGAAAAGAUAUGAACCGUUACGUUGAGGCAGGUAACGGGAGAUUGAAGGAAUUCAAAUGUUAGGUUUGAGACCAAACACAGUUUCAUGUCUGAGACCCAGACAUGAAAAAGUAGUCCAAGUGUUGGAGGUCAAUUUUUGUUGGCUUCAUGCCAUUAAAACCCUGAUGACUUUGGUUGAAGACAGGUUUUUUGGGGGGAAAUAUGCUUCUUCAUACUUUUCUUUUGUGGUUCUUCAGGAUUUUUGGAAUCUGGAUUUGCCCACUUCAGCAAAUCAGCACCACUUUUCUUUUCGGGUUUUAUCACCGGCUCAUAUGCCUGCUUGAUUGAUUAAAAAUUGUAAAAUCUAAGACCAGGGCCAGGACCAGCCUAUUGUGGAACCUUGGUGGAAAAAAAAAAAACCUGCUAUUCCCUUGUUACUUGGUCGAUCAAAAUAGGAAUAAUUUAUAAAGCAUUGAUCUUGACCAGCCUACAUAUCGACUGUUGACACAGUAGCUUAACUUAUAAAAGGUAGGCCAACAAGCUUAUUAAAAAUAAAUAUAGGAGUAGUAGAUUAACCUGGUAGCUGUAUUUUGUUGAAGCGGCGGCUAACAAGAUUGCCUUGCAAAAGAAAUAAAAUAUACAACAGAUGAAAUAUGAAUCUAUUUGGACAAGCUAAAGCGAUGUUUGGGCUUAUUCAAUCAUGAAAAUAAAUGCCUGUCGAAACAUAAUUGAGAUUGAAUAAUG